CGUCUGAGCGACCAUGAUGAUUUGUUUACAAAUGGAGGAAAGCGCUCAAGUUAAAACAAGAAAUGUCAAUAAAUUAAUCAUACAAUUAGACACCUUCUUGAAAUAGAUAAGACAAAUGAAGUAUUGCAAAUAUGGCCGAGGUAAAAUCUGACCAAUGGCGUGAAAUUGCUGCACAAAAAGAAAGAGAAUGGAAAGAUAUAACGGAACAUAGAAUCGAGACCCUGGAGCAAGCAUGUCAGGAGAAGGACCGACAGUUAACUGAGGAGAGAGGCAAGUUCCUGAAGCUGAAGGAAGACUUCAAGUACAACCUGAGACUUCUCGAGGAACGAGAUACAGAGCUGGACAGAUACGAUGCUUCAUUUGCAGACCUGAAGGCCCAGUUGAAUACAAAGAAUGCAGAAGUGAGUGAGUGUAAGAUAGCUAUUGAUGACUUGAAGACACAGUUGAAUUGUGAAGGAAAAUCAAGAGAAGAGCUACAGUUGCACUAUCAGGCCAGGCUAAGGGAGAAACAGGCUGAAAUUGAUACUUACAGAAGCUCAAAAGAUGGAGAGGUCCAAGAGGAGAGAAAGGAGUAUGAGUCAUUCAAGCGGAAACUGCAGCGCCAGCUCACAGAACUACAGGAGGAGAUGGACGCUCAGAAACGGGAAAUCACCACAGAAUAUGAGGAAGCAAUGCGGAAAAGAGAACAUGAAUUCCGCAUUCAGGCUGAUGAGAUGAGUGCUAAAGUGCUAGAAUAUGAACUCAAGGCCAAGUUGUUGGGAAAGGAGCUGGAGUUAUCAAGAGCUGCAGAACAGAAAGUAGGUCAGGAAUAUAGUGAGGCCGAGGGGGGACAGCGGGCCCUGGAGAAGGCUCUUAAGCAGAAGGAAUGGGAACUACAGGACCAAAGGGCCAUGAAAGAUGCCAGUAUUUCAGACUUGGAGAACCAGAUCCACCAGAAAGAUUUGGCAGCUAAGAGGCAGGAUGAAGAGUACAAAAGAAAGCAUGCUGAGUUAGACAGCUACUGUCGUGAAAAGGAGGCUGCCCUAUCAGCGGCGCGGGAAUCGUUUGCUGGGCGUGAGUCAGAGCUGGUGGGCCAGGUGCGAGAGCUUCAGUCUCAAUUGGAGGAUAGGGCCGUGGAGAUACGCAAACUGCAGUGGGCUGCACAGGACACGGAGAAGGAAAAAACCACUGCCAUGAAGAAACUACAAGAGGAAUUGCACGCCAUGAAGGAGCGUUGUGACCGCCAGUUGUCGUCCGUGUCGCGUGAUCAGGUUGGCCAGAACCUGGAAGUACAGGCACUAAGAGAAAAUGAGGACAAACUACGCCAGGAAAUCAUACAGAAGAAGGAAGACAUAGAGAGAUAUAAGAAGGAACUUGCGUCAGCCAUAGAGCGUGAGUCGGCACUUGAGCGUAGCAAGACCCAGAUGGAGCUAGAUUGGCAGCGACGACACGAGGGUCUCGAGCGCCAGACCUACGAGCAGUCAGAGGACCUAGUCAGGAAACUCACUAAAGCAAGGGAUGAGGCCCAAGCAAGUGUGAAGCAAAAGAGCCGUGAGCUGGAGCAGCGGGAAAAGCUGAUACAUGUACUACAGACUGUGAGAGAACAGUGUCUGGCCACGCUCAAACAGCAUGACAUCCAGCUAGACAAAAACAUGCAGGUGGAGGUUGAGCGUUCAGCAGUUGUGAGUCGGGAGGAUUACACAAGUCUGGAGGAACAGAAUGCAAGUCUCAAGCAAGUUGUGCGGGAAAUGCGGGCACAGAUGGAGCAGCUGGGCACUGGGGUGCCCACAGAAAGGGAGAAAAUGGGAACCAGUGGAAAGGUGGCCAAUGAUUAUGUGUUGGACCUGGAGGCAGAGUGUCACAAGUUGCGCAAGCAUGUUCGUGACCUCGAAAGUGAUAAAGAUGUUGCUCACAGGUUUGGGCGAAUUCCAGCUCCAUUGCCUAGCAACCAGGACGAGGUCAUGUCAGAGGUGAAGGACAACUUCCUUGUGAAAAACCACAUCCAGUCUCUCAAUGACCUCAUUGGGUCUCUGCGGGCGGAGAAAGUGGAACUAUCAGCCCAGGUAAAAAAACAGCAGGCAAAUAUACUCUACCAGGAGAAAACUCGGGAAAACAAUAACAAACUGCAGCGGGAACGGCAGGUGGAGGUUGAGCAGCUUCAGUAUGAGCUGGGAGCUCUCACAAGGCGCAGUCAGACGGAGCUUACCAGUCUCAGACAGAAAAUCUCCGACCUUGAACUCCAGCUGUUGGAGGCGAGGAAGGAGGCGGAUGAGUAUUACCGUAGCAACCUUGAACGCAACAUGGAGGCCACAAGUCUCCAACAGGAGCUUUCAAAUCUGAAGUUACAAUUAGCGGAGAAAAGGCCAUCAAUAAAUUAUGGUGCACAGGAGUUAUUGAUCCAGCAACUGCAGGGCGAGAUCCUCAGCCUCAAGCAGCAUGGGGCCCAAUUCCCUGGUGGUGGAGGGUCAGAGAGUGGGGACAGUGGGGCUGUUGGCCACAGCAACCAGGUGCAUGCCCUCCAUGGGAAACUGAAGAAUGCAGCUAGGAAGAUCACAGAGCUGGCACGGGAAAAACAGCAGCUCAUUGAGAUGGGAAACAAACUGAGGGCAGAGCUCAAACGUGCAGGAGUAGAAAACAUAAAUAUAGGACCAAGUGGGAAACAUCUUCCUAGACCUCUGAUGCAGUCAAUCAGAUCAGGGAAUGUUGAUCAUGUGACUCAACAAAUCAAACUCAUGCAAAUGGAUUCUUCUAACUCCAAGAUGACAUCAGACCAGGUGGCCAACAAACUAAACCAGCUGGAAAAGCUUCAAUAUGAGCUCACCAGACAGGAGCUACAAUAUGCACAGAGGUUUGUUGGGCCAAAGGUUGAGAACCAGCCAUCGAUGUCUGAUGACGAUUACAAACCCCCAUCCAUACUGAAGAAACCCAGCCGCUUACGGGAAUCUAUUGACACUGAGUUUGAUGUGCGUGCGAGUGUGAACACAGAGGGUGGAGAGACUGUGUACAGCAUCCCGGGGGUGGAGAUGUCCUCUGUGGGUGGGGAAUCUCUCCAGGAGAUCUGGCGCAUGCUUGAUGACGGUCGCCCCUCCCCCACACCCCGUCUCACAGCCCAGGACCAAAGAGCAAUGCCCACCCAGGCCAGCAAGGAGAGCCUCCUUAGUGACAGCCGCACCUCAGAAAAUGAAGAGCAGGGAGACAUUUACCUAUCUGGGCGGCCCACAGGGCAGCAGAGGCCCCGCCAGGAGAAAAAACUGUCCAACAAGGCCUCGGGCCGCGUAUUUAAGAAAGUGCAGAAUAAACCUCUUGUAAGGAAUUAUAACAUCAAAGAGGAUAAGAAUGCCAGAUAGCACACGCUGCUGAUGUAUAACCUCACCUUGUGGCAUUCAUCUUACCAAUCAACUGCCCACUGUUAAGGUCAUGUACAAUGAAGGUCAUGCAUAUUUAUGGAAGAGAGUGAAGGAGUAUUUUGUGAAGUGUAAAUUCAAACUGAUUUAGUGGCGUAAUGUAAGUUAAGCAAUCUCAUUUUACUGUUUAAUUAAUGCAAAAAUCGUCCAUCCAUUUGAUGUACUAGUUCAUGUAUGCACUGAUUUUAUUGUUUAAACUCAUUAGAAAAAUAAGAAGGUAUCUUUACAACUGUCUGUGAUAGGACAUUUUGUCAAGGUUUAUAGUUCAGCAUACUCUGUAGGAAAAUGUCAUGAUAAAGUACUUGAUAAAAUUAUGUGAUAUAUUGUUUUCCAAAUGUCGCCAGCUGUCUUUUUCUGUCUUUUUGUUUCAUCAUAAAAUAAACAUUUGUA